AUGCUUGUAGCUUUUUAUGAGAAAACCAACAAAGAGGAAGCUUUUAUAUAUGCAUUAACAAAAGAUUUACCAACAUUUAUUUAUGAAUUUCUUAAACUGGGUAUUGAUCCAAGUGAAAUAUUCUUUCCAAAUGAUAAAUUCUUGAACGGACGAGCUCGAUAUGACAAAUUUAUUUCAUCAUUAUAUAAAGAUGAAGCAGUAAAUAGUGAUACAACUCAUUUACGUUGGUUUUUGGAAUCCCAUUCUGAUCUUAUUGAAAAACAUAUUCAUACAAUUUAUGAUCUUAAUGCUGUCCUUAGUACACUUAUUGGUGAUUAUAUGAACAAACUAUAUUUUAAUAACGAGAAACAUGAGAAUACAUAUCGACUAUCAUGGAGUUUAGAUGAGAAAAAUAUUGAACAAAAUCAAAUAAAUAUUCCAAUUAUUGGAUCUCAAGAUGAUCUUCAAGAUAGAGAAAAUAGACAAGGAAUUCAAGAUUAUAUAAUGCGAGAUUUAUUCGUAUGGUCAAUACUUAUGAAUCAUAUUGAUAUGGCUAAAGUUCUUUUAUCUUAUGUUAAAUAUCGUAUAUGUGCUGCAUUGAUUGCUACAAAAAUUUUAAAAGAAUAUUAUUCUAAAGCAACACAUGGUGAAUUAAAAGAUAGUUAUAUGAAAAAUGCUAAUUAUUUUCAACAAUAUGCUAUUGAUUGUAUAACACAAUGUGAAAAAAAUGAUCCAGAUCAAGCAUGUCAAAUUGUUUUACAACGUAUUGAACUUUAUGGAAAUGUUACUUGUCUUCAAGUUGCUGCUGAUGCAAACGAUAAAUUAUUUAUUGCAACACCAUGUUGUGUUCAAGCUAUGAAUAAUAUUUGGUAUGAUAAAAUUUAUCCAGAGCAAUCAAGAAACCGAAAUAGAAUUUCUAUGGUUAUUGGCUUUUUUUCACUUGGUCUUUUGGCUCCAUUUGUUGUCAAUUAUCGCAGUGGCCGACGGGAAUCCAAAGACGAAUCUCUUCAUCGAUCUUUACAACCCUAUGGUAUAACUUAUUCUGAUCCAUAUCCACUUGAAUAUCCUCGUUAUACUAAAAUUCUACCGAUUAAUCGGUAUAUGCAUCGAGUGAGAAAUUUUCAUCAAGCUUUACGAAUAAAAUAUUGGUAUCAUUGUGUAUUUUAUUGUUUUUUUCUUUUACUUUUUUCUUAUACGCUUUUAUUUAAAUUUGAACGACCAACGAAUGAAAUUCCAUCAAUUUAUUGGACUGAAAUUGUCACAAUUAUUUUUGUUUCAUGUAUGUUAAUUGAAGAAAUUCAUUAUUUCGCCUGUCUAGAUAAUUUAUCUUUACCAGGAAAAUGUUUUAGUUAUUUUCGUAAUUUAUUUAAAAUGCUGACCAUUAGUGGAUUUGUUCUAUUCUAUAUUGGAUUAAUUCUAAGAUUUACACGUGCAAACACAGAUGAUCAAUUUAUUGCAGCUAGAGUGAUAAUGGCUAUUGAUCUAGAAAUUUGGUGGCUUCGUUCUCUAUCAUUUAUUAUUGUUAUACGAUUUCUUGGACCACAUAUUGUAGCUAUUGG